AUGGGCGGCGAACACGUUGUGGCUCUCGCGGUCACUCGCUCCCUGGCUCCUGUUUCGUCCUCAACUCGUCUCCAAAUUCGUUUCGUGCUUCUUUUCAAGAUCUCUGUGACUAAAUAAUCAAAUAAGACUCUAUGAAAGCUUUGAAAGUCUCUCUUACAAAUUUCGAAUUUUUUCGAGAACAGAAAAAAAAACAGUUCAUAAAACAGAGCCUGAAAGUGCUUGAAGUUUCCGGCUCCGAGGAGCAAAAUAAUCUUGUUGUGAUUUGUGUUCCUUUAAUAAAGUCGGUAGGUAUAAGACCUUCAAUUUUUUUUUUUCAAAAUUCUUUUUCUUUUCGAGGCUUCCGGAGUUCAUAAAUGUCAAGAGAUGAAAAUUUAAAAAAAAGAACACAGUUUUUGGUUAGUUCAGUAUUUUUUAAAAAUCUGGCUGAUUUUUCUGAACCAAUCUUCAUAAGCGAUUCCUUUUUUAGUCAAAAUUUCUUUCAUACUGAAGAAUCCGAAGCCCUUAGGGGUAAAAAAAUAUCAAGGUUCCCGGACUUCCAGCUUUCCGGACAUUGAAAAAAAUUUUUAUUAACUUAAUUUUUUUAAAAAAAUCGCCUUAAGCUUUUUGGACUCUCUGAACCUAUUUCUCAAUGUAACAACUCAUCGAUUUUCAUUUUCUGGGGUAGAAAUUGAAUAACCGCCUGACCGACAAUCCUUCCCAAUCUGAGUUCCGUCCACAUACAAUCUCGGGUUUCUCGACUACAACAAUAGAGCUCAGCGGCCUCAAAAUCGAAAAUAUUGCAAUCGAUCUUCAGAGCGAAAGGUACAGUGAAGAGAAUGCGAACGCGAGUGCAGAUGAAUUGUUAAUCCGCAAGACGCGUCCUUCCGUUUCCGAAUCUCCGCCGACGAGAGCUUCCAAUCAAGGAAAAGACAAUGUCAUCCCUUCACGACGAUGGUUUGCGCCGGAUUUAUUAACCCCGGGCUUCAUUUACCACCUUUUUGAAGAACUGAGUUGCUAGAAGUUAACAGUUCUAUACUCUAACUAGGGAGAGUUUUUUAGCCCUUUAAUGAAACUUUGCUCGUGCUUUAGGACCUCCUGGUUGCAGAACAAGAAGAAAUCUCUUUCUUCUUUUCGAGUUGAGAGGCUUCGAAAGCUUGAAAUAGCGCUUUUUUGCCGUUAUUUGGGUAUAUUGCAAAUUUUUUUUUUUUGAAGUUUUAUAACUCGAAAACCAGAUCUUUUGCGAGGAAUUUUUUUCUUUUUCUGCAAUCUGAAGGUUUUAAAGUAGACUUCCGAAGAGUUCCAUCAAAAUUUCAAACGGGGGUAAAAAAAAACCGUUCCCUAAUCAAAUUUCAUGGAUACGACACCAAAAAAAACCAUUUUCAGAAUUUUCCAAAAAGUGUUUUAAAAAAAAUUACUCAGAUUGUCCUUCUGACACGGCUUCGAUAACUACGAUAGACCCGGAGCAACGUCGAAACGAUCUGCCGGAACCGACACUUCCACCGCCGCCAAAGCUCGGACCUCCCACUCCGCCCAAGUUUCCAGCAGCCGAGCUUAUUGUCGAGGAACUUCCUUUCAAAGAAGUUGGCUUUGUAAAUUGUGGUUUGCUUGCAACAUAUCCUUUUUUAAUGAGUCGCUUGAUGUUUAAUCUUUGGGCUCGAUUAACAGCCGUCAUUCCUACACUAGAAGUCAAAAAUAUAACCUCCUCCUCUUCUUGUGAAUCGAAUUGAAUUUGAUUUUUUCAAACUUGUAACACUCGAAUCUAAAAAAGUUACAAUCUACAAAGCUAGAACAGCUUGUCAUAGGCGGAAAAAAACGGUUGUAGAAAAACACGACUCACUGACAAGACUCGCUCUUUUGAAAAAUUGAAAAAAAAAAAUCAGAAGGCUUCCACUAAUCAGAGAUCACUCUUCUGAUCAAUCCAGAUCAAAUGAUCUCUUCUUCGAGCUUCUAGUACUCAAUGAGGGAGCUUCUAGGCCCAGAAAAUGUGUAAAACAACGUGGGCGAGCGGACAAAAAGUGAGAAAAGCGCCGAGAAGCUCAGCCAGCCGCGAUUCCUUGUUUUUUUUUGUUUCUCUCAUCUUUGACUGGUUUUUGUUGUUAUUUCUGUUGAAGAUCGUACAGUCGUAGGAUUCAUUUGAAAUUUGAAAAUUAGAAAUGCCGUUCGAGGAAUUUUUUUUUCUUGUCUGUUGUUUUAUUCUCUUCAAAAUUGCAGUUAAAUUCCAGACCCUCAGAAAGUCUGAAUUAUUUAAAAAAAAAAAAAGUGAAUAGAUUGACAUGUACGUUGUCAGACUUGAUAGCUUUUUGGAAAACGGUUUUUAGUUUGAAAAUUGAUCAAGGACUUUAAAAAAUGUAGUAGUUUUUAUGAUUAAAAAAAGCGAAAGUUUUUGACGAAUCGAGAGAAAAAAACGAAUAAAUAAAAACAAUGGUCGAAAAUGUGAGCAUGACAACACAGAAAAAAAUGUUUUUUUGAACUCUUUUUUUGAAAGAAAAAUUUCCCCGUAUUCUUUUUUUGCGGUUUCACUCUCCUAGAUUAUAAUUUUUUUCAAUAGCUUUAUUGAUUCGAUACAUAUUUCGAUUUGAAAAAAACUAUUUUUAAUUGUGUUUAAAUUAAAUUAUAAGUUUGGAAAUUUGGUUUGAAAAAAAGUCCUCUGAAAGCGGAAAUUCUUUUUUAAAGUAGUAACAUUUUGAAGAUGAACGAGCCUCGCUAUCACACGACGACGACGGUCGUCGAAACCACAGAAUAUUUGGCAGAUUCUGGUCCCACCGUUCAAGUUCGUUAGAUCCAGUCAUUUUUCACAGAAAGGAAGAAAUCUGCAGCUGGUGAUGCCCAAGAUGGACUGCGGUUACGUGAGAACUCUUGGCGGUAUCGUCAAGAUCGUCUGCAUCGCCCUCUGUCUAUUAACGUUUCUGUUUGUUUUGGCCGGUCCAGCUUAUUUCCGUGGUUUCAGAAUUUGAUUUCUUCCCAGUUUUCAACAAGGUUUCAGGAGCCGGUUGGGCGACUUUCGUCGCUUCAGUUGGAGUUUUUGUAACGACAUCGUUGCUUAUGUUGUACAUCUUCCAUGUUGUUGACACCCUGAACAACGUGAACUGGAUCGUGAUAGUUAGUACUUCGAAAGAUUCGGACUCAAAGUCUUUUUUCUUCCCAGGAAAUGGUCUUCUGUUUCGUUUGGACCAUUUGCUUCUUUAUCGCCGGCUGUGUACUCGCAGUCGCUUCUGCGCAAUUUUCCGGUACUUUUUGGUGGGCUGUAGCUUCGGUUCGUUUCCUCUGCUUCUAGCCAAAAUCGAGUCUAGUCCUGUUCACCAAUAAAAAACUGUUCAGUCUAUUCACAUAAAAUUUUUGCAGUUUUUUGCCUUUGGUGGGAUGUGUGCCUACGGCUUUGAUUGCUAUCUAAAGUUUUUGUCCUGGAAAAAUGACGAGGUUUGUUUCUUCGGUUAAAUCUUCGUUUCAAACGAUUUUUAAGCUCUAUAAUGGGGAAAAGAGUUUCAGAAAGCGACGGGAGGCUCUAACGAUUUUGUGGUCGAAUCGCCGCGGCGGAGAACGAACGUCUGA